UGCUUAGUACAGACCCUAAAUGAAUACGGCAAAAGAAAAGAAAAAACUGCUGCUUCUGCUGUUGCUGUUGCUGACAGAAGAAUCCCCCGUUAGAUUAACAGUGGCAUGUUUGGCCAGAAUAACAGUGACAUUUAUAGUGCGAAAAAGUAACUACAUGUCCUACUGCUUCCUGUUGAAUAUCUUCAGUGAGCGCCAUGCAAAAUACAGCGUGUGGCACAAAAUAUGCGAGUCACCAUUCGGGCAUUUGCCACCAUACCGACUCUACGGAAACAUACCUUCUGCAGAAUUUUAUUUCUCAGUGAACCAAAAGAGCAAGGCGACAAAGGCACCCGAGAGCAGGUGAGCUGCCUGGAAUAUGGCCAGCCAGCACAGACUGCUGGCGCCUCCGACACCUUGCGAUAUGUGGUGAUAGUAUGGCCACGCAUUGUGCAUAUACCGGUCCGAUGUCCAAUGUGCUGGCAGGUUGUCCAAAUCAAUUCCGCGUUUGUGGUGUGCGUGGUGGCUGCCAUUGUGGAAUGCUGUGUAGUACACAUACGUGGACAUGAUGUAGUAUACAAUGUGCGGCAUAUACAUCACCAGGUACACCACCGGAUAGACAAACAUGCGGGAUAUGCACGCCGUGGUUGGUCGUUUGUCGACGACGGUAUGCGUCUGUGCUCGGUCUCUGCGGUAUCUGUCGGUGGUGACGACCCAGCGACCUUCCUCAAGCGACUCCCAGCGCUCGAUGGCCUCGACUCCGAUUAUCUUGGCGCUGUCAUCGCUGUACUCGCUCAUUGCAGGAAGCACUACCGUACCUGGUGUUGGCGCGGAUGUGCGCAGGCUCAAUGCCAUUGUGCUCCUUGACACUAGAUACACAGCCAAUACAGCUAUCCCGGUUUGCGUGCAUGCGUGUCUCUAGGAUUCGCGACAUGAAGGGGGUUGACAAAGCAGCAGGCAGGUCGGUAUCAGACGUUGCCUGUAGCGGCGAGUUGAAGGGCAGGACAAUGCGUGCGGCAAGCGAGGACGUUGUUGACGGCGGGAUGGUAUGGAAGCGCUUAAGCUUCUGCUGCUUGUAUUCUAGACAC